CCCAGUCAGCCAGAGGGCCAGAGAGAGCAGCUACUGGUCCAACUACAACAGGAGAAAGAGAUGGUGGAGGCAGCCGGCCGGGUGUUUGAGGACUGGGAAUUCCGUGUCCUGGAGAGCGAGGCCGGAGUAGAGGAGGAGGAGAGCGAAGGAAAGAUAGAAGGGAAGGAGAGAGGGAACGAGGAAGAUAAGGAGAAGGAGAUCUCAUGCCAAAAGCAUGCUGUCACCUCAGCGCAGGAGCGAGUCCAGCAGCUUGAGAAGCAGUUGAAGGAGAUGGAGCGAGAGCAGGAUAGAGAGAUGAAUGCCUUCAAGAAGGAGAGGAGAGAGUUGCUCCGCACCACUCAAAGGGUCUUGAAAGAGAAGAAGCCACUCGCUGAUUGGUCCAACAUCCCCAGCUCGGUCCCUUGCAUGAUGUCACUCUCGCCGCUGACCAUUCACAAAUCACCUCAGGAACAAGCCAAAGAAUCUGCCAGUUUACCCCGAAGACGGAGCUCGCACCGCAACAAUAAGCUCGCGGAUAGGCCGGUCUCGGCGCAAGGGCUGGUGAGAAUGGUACCUGACAGUCCGAGCCCAGAGCGCUUCACUUCCCCCCUCCCCUCCCACCGGCACAGCAACGGGCACAGCAACGGGCACAGCAACGGGCACAGACCUGGGCCCAGCAAUGGCAGUGAUCUCCUCACCCCCUGUAACAGUGCUAGUAGCUCCCGUGCUGCCAGCCCGAGUCUGGGACUGUUAAACCUGGUGGAGAUUGAAAGGAGACUGAGGGAGGCCAAGGCAGAGAGAGAGAGGCUUCUCAAAGAGAGGGAGGAGAGGAGGCAGGUGGUGGUGGAGGAGAGGAGGCAGAGAGAGCUGGAGGGCCGAGGAGCAGCAGAACCAGUAGAGUCCCAGACCAGGCUAGUCCCUGACCCAGAGGAGCAGCCCAAAACCACCAGUCCUGUCCCCAGCUCCCCUGAGCGCUCCCUACCUCUCUUCCUCUCUGCGAACUUUGACCUGCGGGCCCACGUGGAGUCGCUGGGUCAUGGGGUGGCGGGGUGCAUGGGCCUGCGUAUGUCCCCKCGCCGCUGUGCYGGCUUCUUGACCAAGCGWGGSGGGCGGGUCAAGACCUGGAGGAGGAGGUGGUUCCUCUUCGAUAUGGACCACAGGCGGCUAGCCUACUACACAGACUGUGAUGAGAGGAAGCUAAAGGGGGUGAUCUACUUCCAGGCUAUAGAGGAAGUCUACUAUGACCAYCUGCGCACAGCCACUUCAUCGCCGCGGCCCAGCCUUACGUUCUGUGUGAAGACGUACGAGCGCCUCUUCUUCCUGGUGGCGCCCAGCGCCGAGGCCAUGAGGAUCUGGAUGGACGUCAUUGUCACAGCAACAGACGAGCACAGCCGCUACUGACCUCGACUUUACACCUGCCCCCUUUCCUGUGUCUGUCUGACCUACCCCUUGGGCUGAACCUCCAUUCAGCUGGCUGACUUGGCUAACCUGGCUACAGUUUCAGCAGUUUACAUUAUGUGGGGAAAACUGCAAUCUUCACCCUCCAAUGCGUGUAGGACCCAGCUAGGCUGCCAUUUUGCUGCCUGAACUUUACGUCAUAUGAGUGGUGGAGGUGAGGAGUGAUGAGCAGAACAUAAUGUUCAGUAAAGCUCUUCCUGAAGGACCUGACAUUUGAUUCUGGAUAGUAUCUUAGGAGCUUUGAUGACAUGGGACUGAGUGGCAGACUGUUACAGGUUCUGUGUGGAACAAGAGACGUUUAGAGGAUGGAGGAGGGACAAGGCCAUGGGAAUAUAAAGACGUGGAAGUGCAAGCUGGAGCAACCAUUGGACAUCUUAGAGUCAGUGCCAACCAUGAUAUACUGACAGACAAACCUUUGAUGUCUUUUUAUUAGUCUCAAAUCAGGAUUUAAUGGUUGGUGUCUCUCUAGCAGCUGUGUUUGAGCUCCCUCUUGUGGCCAUAUUGAAGUGUUGAAGUACUACAGCUUCCAUUGAAAUAUACAGGUAACUGCCAAAAUAAUGGAAACACCAGCAUAGUGUGUCUUAAUAGGUCGUUGGGCCACCACGAGCAAGAACAGCUUCAAUGCACCUUGGCAUGGAUUCUACAAUGGUCUGGAAUUCUAUUGGGGGGAUGCGACACCAUUCUUCCAUAAGAAAUUUGAUAAUUUUGUGUUUUGUUGAUGGUGGGAAACGCUGUCUCAGGCG